AUGGCCCUCCCCCUCACCAACCAACCCCCACCCACCUCCUUCCUCAAACUCGCCUACCCCGCCCCGCGCGUCCUCCAAAUCACCAUGUCGCGCGAAAAAGACCUCAACUGCACCAACGCCGCCGCAAUCCUAGAAAUGACCGCCGUCUACCGCUGGUUCGACGCCGAGCCCAGCCUCACCGUCGCCAUCCUGACAGGCGCAGGCAAACGGUCCUUCUCCACCGGCGCCGACCUAAAAGAAUGGAACGCCAAAGUGGCCGAGGCGCGUGCCCAAGGUCGCGACCCGGCCGGCGCAGGCCCGGGGAAUGUAGCGGGCGCGGAAGCGAUGAGCAAUCGCCGGGGCAAGAAGCCUGUCGUCGCGGCGGUGAAUGGCAUGGCGCUUGGCGGCGGGUGCGAGAAUGUGAUUAAUUGCGAUAUUGUGCUUGCGUCGGAGACGGCGACGUUUGGGCUUGUCGAGGUGAAGCGGGGGCUUGCGCCGUAUUCGGGUGCGUUGCCUAGGUUGAUUCGCACUGUGGGGUUGCAGCGGGCGAAUGAGUUUGCGUUGACGGGCAAGAUCAUCUCCGCGCAGACGGCGUUCGAAUGGGGCUUGGUAAACAAGGUUGUGCCGCCGGAUCGGUUGCUUGAGGAAGCAGUGGCGUGGGCAAAGGAGAUUGCGGACAUCAGUCCAGACUCGAUCAUUUGUACGCGUGCUAUGCUUCGAGAGGGCUGGACGACUGCGGAUGUGGUGGAGGCGACCAAUAUCAGCAAUGGCCGGGAGUGGAAGGAACUGCAGAAAGGCGAGAACAUGCAAGAGGGAUUGCGAGCGUUCAAUGAGAAGCGGAAGCCGAGAUGGGGCGGUCCCAGGCUGUGA